AUAAAUACGAGACGCGAGCCCACGGCACGCGAGCAGACGAAGCUGAGAAGACUUGGCGUGCGACGACGACCGGCUGGCGAGUUGAAGGUUGCUGCUGUUGCUGCUGCUGCUGCUGUUGCUCGGAGCGCCGACGAGAGGCGACGACCGCAAAGGAAGAAGAAAGAACGACCAUCGACAACGAUGCUUACGCGCGCGCUAUCGCUGCCUUACGGCACGAAGGAGCUGCUGCUGCAAGAUCCAUGGCAGUUCCUGAAGCCAGACGAAAAGAUGGUACGGGAGCAAGAAGCCAUAUCGUUCGACGCGAAGAAGAUGUGGUGGGUGCCGGACAAGAAGGAAGGUUACAUUAUCGGCUAUCUCGUAGAGAAGAAGGGCGACAAUGUCACCAUCACAGUUAAAGGAGAGGAAAUGGAAAUUAAAAAAGACAAGAUCAGUCAAAUGAAUCCGCCGAAGUUUGAGAAGAGUGAGGACAUGGCAAAUCUGACGCACCUUCAUGAUGCCUCGAUUCUGCACAACCUCAGGCAGCGCUACUACGCCUGGAUGAUCUACACGUACUCUGGCCUGUUCUGCGUCGUGAUCAAUCCGUAUAAAAGACUCCCGAUCUACAUCCCUGACGUUGUGGCAGAAUAUAAGGGCAAGAGAAGAACGGAUAUGCCUCCUCAUUUGUUCUCUGUCUCGGACAAUGCCUACACCGACAUGUUAUGGAAUCGCGAGAACCAGUCGUUACUGAUUACUGGCGAGUCCGGAGCCGGAAAGACGGAAAACACUAAGAAGGUCAUCGCCUACUUUGCCAACAUCGCAGCGGGAGGUAUGCAGAGCUUCGGACCGAAGGGAAUCACCUUGGAGGAUCAGAUUGUUCAGGCUAACCCUGUCAUGGAGAGCUUUGGCAACGCGAAGACUGUACGAAAUGACAACUCGUCGCGUUUCGGAAAAUUUAUUCGAAUCCACUUCGGCACCAAGGGCAGGCUUGCCGGUGGUGACAUCGAAUCAUAUCUGCUGGAAAAAUCUCGUGUCGUUGCGCAGGCUGACAUGGAGCGCAGCUACCACAUCUUCUAUCAGCUUACAUCGAAUGCCUUCCCCGACCUUAAAGCGAAGAUACUGCUGAAUGAACCAAUCGGCCACUAUCACUUCCAGAGCCAGGGCAAGACAUACAUUGAUGGUGUCGAUGAUGCCGAGGAGAUGCGCCUCACCGACGAAGCGUUCGACAUUCUCGGCUUCACCGACGACGAAAAGUUGAACAUCUAUAAGAUCGUUGCCGCCGUCAUGCACCUCGGCAACAUGCACUUCAAGCAGCGCACCCGCGACGAGCAGGCGGAAGCCGACGGCACCGAGGCCGGAGAGAAGGUCGCCCAUCUGAUGGGCAUCUCCGACGCCGACCUCUUCAAGGGUCUCCUGAAGCCGCGCAUCAAGGUCGGCUCCGAGCUGGUGCAGAAGGGACAGAAUCGGGACCAGGUAAUGUACGCCAUAGGCACGCUGGCGAAGGCGACCUACGACCGCAUGUUCCGCUGGCUCGUGUCGCGUCUGAACAAGACGCUCGACACGAACGCCAAGAAGCAGUUCUUCAUCGGCGUGCUGGAUAUCGCCGGCUUCGAGAUCUUCGACUUCAACAGCUUCGAGCAGAUCUGCAUCAACUUCACCAACGAGAAGCUGCAGCAGUACUUCAAUCAUCACAUGUUCGUGCUGGAGCAGGAGGAGUAUGAGCGCGAGGGCAUUCAGUGGACCUUCAUCGAUUUCGGACUCGACCUUCAGCCGUGCAUCGACCUGAUUGAGAAGCCGAUGGGCAUGUUCUCGAUCCUCGAGGAGGAGUGCAUGUUCCCGAAGGCCACCGAUCAAACCUUCACGCAGAAGAUGAUGGACAACCAUCUCGGAAAAUCGCCCAAUUUCCUCAAACCGAAGGCGGUCAAGGCCGGAACAACAGAGGCGAACUUUGGCAUCAAACACUACGCGGGAAUCGUUAACUACAACACCAGUUUCUGGAUAGACAAGAAUAAGGAUCCUCUCAACGACACGGUGUGCGAGCUGUUCGCACGCAGUAAGGGGAAUCCACUUCUUUCCGAGCUGUAUUACGACAAACUGGGAGACGACGAAGAGACCGGCGGCAAAGUCAGGCGACGAAAGGGUUCCGGUUUUCUCACCGUCUCAACCAUCUACAGGGAGCAGUUGCGUCGCUUGAUGAACGCGCUGAAUGCCACGGCGCCGCACUUCGUGCGCUGCAUCAUCCCCAACGAGAGCAAGGAGGCGGGAGAGCUGGAUGCCCCAUUGGUGAUGCACCAGCUGGGCUGCAACGGUGUGCUCGAGGGAAUACGAAUCUGCCGCAAGGGUUACCCGAACAGAAUGCUCUACGCUGACUUCAAGCAUAGAUACCAGAUCCUGGCGCCGAACUGCGUACCGGAUGGCUUCACCGACGGCAAGCAGAUAGCCUCAUCGCUGCUGUUGGCGCUCAACUGGGACGUGAACGACUACAAGAUUGGAGGCACGAAGAUCUUCUUCAAGGCGGGCGUGCUCGGUCGCCUCGAGGAACUCCGCGAGGUGUGCAUCACGCGCGUCAUCACGCUGACGCAGGCUCAGAUCCGCGGCUACCAGGGGCGCGCCGAGUACGCGAAGCUGAAGGCGCAGCGGCUCGGCAUGAUCCUCAUCCAGCGCAACGUGCGCAAGUACAUCCAGUGCCGCAACUGGCCCUGGUGGAAGCUCUACACGAAGGUGAAGCCGAUGCUGUCGAUCGCGCGCCAGGAGGACGAGAUGAAGAGGAUGCAGCAGCACCUGGACGAGAUGCAGCUGGAGCUGGCGAAGGAGGCGAAGGCGAGAAACAACUACGAGGACAUCAUCGCGAGGUUGAUCGCCGAGAAGACGGUGCUCUACGAGCAGGUGCAGACCGACCUCGAAGACAUCAGCACCAUCGAAGAACGAGCCGCUAAGCUGAUCACGCAGAAGCUCGAACUCGAGGCCCUGCUGAAAGAGGUUGAGGAGCGGCUCCUCGAAGAGGAGCACGGCACGCUGGUGCUCGCCGAGGCGAGGAAGAGAGCCGAGGCAGAGUGCAUCGACCUGCGAGGACUGCUAGAGGUGCUGGAGCGCAAGCUGAAGAAGGUCGAGAACGAGAAGGUGAUACGAGACGUGCAAAUCAGACAGAUGAACGAGGAGUUUGCGAAGCAGGAGGAGGCGGCGGCGAUAGCAAGCAAGGCUAAGAGAGCGCUGGAAGAAACUCUCAUGCGAGCGCAAGCGGAACUGCAAAAGGAAGAGGAAAAAGCCAACCAAAUGGCCAAGGCCAAAGCCAAGAUGGAAGCGGAACUCGACGAACUGGAAGAUAACCUGGAGAGAGAAAGAAAAAUACGCACCGACGUGGAGAAGGCCAGGAAGAAGAUGGAGGGAGACCUGAAGAUCGCACAGGAGGGCAUUGAAGAGAUGGAGCGCGCCCGGAAGGAGGUGGAGGAGAGCGUGCGCAGGAAGGAGAAGGAGAUGGCGCAGCUGCACAGCCAGAUGGAAGACGACCGCGGAGUCAUUCGUCAGCUGCAGAAGAAGAUCAAGGAGCUGCAGGCGCGCAUCGAGGAGCUAGAGGAGGAGCUGGAGGCGGAGAGGCAGGCGCGCUCCAAGGUCGAGAAGCAGCGCGCCGAACUCGCGCGCGAGCUCGAAGAACUACACGAGCGGCUCGAGGAGGCAGGUGGCGCCACCGGCGCGCAGCUCGAGUUGAACAAGAGGCGCGAGGCGGAAUUGGCGAAGCUGCGUAGAGAUCUCGAGGAGCAGGCCAUGCAGCACGAAGCGACCGUCUCGUCGCUGCGCAAGAAGCAGAACGAUAUCAUCGCCGAGAUGGCGGAACAAAUUGAACAGUUGCAGAAGAUUAAGGCAAAACUAGAACGAGAGAAGCACGAGCUCACUCGCGAUAUGGACGACUUGCGAUUGAACAUGGAACACGUAGCUAAAGCAAAGCAACAAGCCGAGAAGUUGGCCAAGUCGAUGGAGAAUCAGCUGGGAGAGGCGAACAGCCGUCUUGACGAGUCAUCGCGCAUCAUCAACACGCUCAAUGCCCAGCAGCUGAAACUCAACAACGACGUUAGCGACCUCAUGCGGCAGCUAGAGGAAGCUGAGGCGCAGAUCAACCAGCUGAACCGAGCGAAGGCGUCGCUGCAGAGUUCGCUCGAGGAGGCGCGCAACAGCCUAGAGGAUGAGUCGAAAGCGAAGUUGGCGCUGCAGUCGCAGCUAAGGAACGCGCAGCACGAUAUCGAGCAGCUGCGCGAACAAGCGGAGGAGGGAGAGGAAGCCAGGUCGCAGCUGCUAAGACAACUCGCCAAGGUCACCAACGAGUUGCAGACGCUCCGCGCACGCGUCGAAGCCGAAGGUCUCGGCGGCGGAGGAGCGGAGGCAGAGGAGAUCAAGCGUAAACUGCAAGCAAAGCUCAUGGAGGCGGAGGACCAGAUCGACGCGCUCAAGUCUAAGGUGGCCAGCGUCGAUAAGCAGAAGCAUCGCCUGCAGAACGACCUUGACGACAUGUCGAUAGAGGUCGAACGCGCCAACGCCGCCGCCAGCGCCGCCGAGAAACGCCAGCGCAACUUCGAUAAGACGCUCGCCGAGUCGAAGCAGAAGAUUGACGACAUCGCAGCCGAACUGGAGGCGUCGCAGCGAGAGUGUCGCACCAUGUCGACGGAGAUGUUCAAGUCGAAGACGGUCAACGAGGAGCUAGCCGACGGCAACGAGGCUCUGAAGAGAGAGAACAGGAGUCUUGCCGACGAGAUGAAGGAUCUGACCGAUCAGUUGGGAGAGGAGGGAAGGAGCAUGCACGACCUCGACAAGGCGCGCAGGAAGGCCAUGCAGGAGAAGGAGGAGCUGCAGUCGGCGCUCGAGGAAGCCGAGGCGGCGCUCGAGCAGGAGGAAUCGAAGGUGGUGCGCUCGCAGCUGGAGCUGCAGCAGAUCCGCCAGGAGGUCGACCGCCGCCUCGCCGAGAAGGACGACGAGUUCGAGACGACGCGCCGCAACCACCAGCGCGCCGUCGACUCGAUGCAGGCGAGCCUCGAGGCGGAGGCGAAGGGCCGCGCCGAGGCGAUGAAGAUGAAGAAGAAGCUGGAGAACGACAUACACGAGCUCGAGCUGUCGCUAGAUGGCGCCAACCGACAGAACGCCGACGCGCAGAGGAACCUGAAGAAGCAGCAGGAGGAGAUCGCCAACCUUCAGGCGCAGAUCGACGAUGAGCAGCGCGUGCGCGACCAGCUACGAGAACAGCUAGCCGCCAGCGAGCGCCGCUGUGGGGCGCUGUCCACCGAGCUGGAGGAGACACGCGGUGCGCUGGAGCUCUCCGAGCACAACCGCCGCGGCAUCGAGAGCGAGCUGAACGAAGCGAACGAGCGCGUCGGCGACGUGCAGUCGCAGCUGACGAGCGCCAGCGCCGCCAAGCGGAAACUAGAAGGCGAGAUGGCCGCCAUGCAGGCCGACCUUGACGAGACGAUCAGGGAGAUGAAGGACGCAGACGAGAAGGCGAGGACCGCCUCCGCCGACGCCUCCCGCCUCGCCGAGGAGCUACACCGAGAGCAGGAGCACGCGAACGGCUGCGAGAGAGCGCGCAAGUCGCUCGAGCAGCAACUGAAGGAGAUGCAAGUGCGUCUGGACGAGGCCGAGGCAAACGUGCUGAAGGGAGGCAAGAAGCUGAUCUCUAAGUUAGAGCAGCGCGUGCGCGAGCUGGAGAGCGAGCUGGCUAGCGAACAGCGUCGGCACAGCGACCUGCAGAAGAACUACCGCAAGGCGGACCGACAGGUCAAGGAUAUGCACAACCAGAUGGAAGAAGACAAGAAGAGCCAGGAGCACCUGCAAGAGCUGCUCGACCGCGUCAAUGGAAAGAUAAGCAUGUUCAAGCGGCAGAUCGAGGAGGCCGAGGAGGUGGGCAACAUGAAUCUGUCAAAGUUUCGCAAGGUGCAGUCGCAGCUGGAGGAGUCGGAGGCGAGGGCCGAGGAAGCGGAGGCGAUGGUUGGAAAGCUGCGUGCGAUGACGCGCUCGGCGAGCCACGUCAGACCGGGUCAAUCGCCCAGCAUGAGCGCAAUGCGCCGCCGCAUGAACAGCAACCAGGAGUAAGAGGAGUAGUUAAAGACUUCCCUGACCGAUGCGUUGAUGCAACGUAAAUUUCGAAUGGCCGAUGUCCACCGCUGACGUGGCAAGAAAAUGUAUUCAUCGCUGUCUCUGCUCGUUGGAUAACCAUCUCUUACGCGCGUGUGUUUGCACCCUCCGCAAUUUCCGACACACGCAGGGUUAUAUAUUGCCGUAAUUGCAUUAGCACAAUAGUCUGAUUUCAUCCAUGCAUGGAUUUUGCGUCCAUGGAUUUUGGAAUAGUUGAUAAUUAUUAGAUACAGCUCGCAUAUAUAUAUAUAUAUAUAUUAUCAAACGACGUUGAUAAUAUUGAUAUAUGCAUUGAAUGUUAAGUAGGGUGUAUUCUAUAAUAAUAUACACACUUUAAAUUAAAAGCGGAUGUACCGGAUUACGAGUAUGAUAGAAAACGUAUCGGACGUGUGUAGAGUUUAGUAGCUUUAAGUAUAUAGGCAGCUAUCUGAUCAACUUGCUGGUAUAUUUGAUAUCUAGGCGCUACGACUCGACUAUCUUGUAUAAGCCGGUACACCAUCGUGGCCUCGACGGUUUUCAAUUAAAAUGAGAUUGAACUUAAAGUUCGAGUUUACACGCGAACGUAACACGCUAGAGGUGUGGUAGUCGUAGCAACCGCAUAAAGAGCGCCAGUGAUAACCUUUGCUAUCACACAUCUGAGCCGCGGAAGGAGUGUUUCACGGUUACGAUGGUGCUGCUAUCUAGCUUUAGGGUACCGCGGUGAUGCACGCCGGAAGCUUGGUUGCCCCAGCAGUGCGCCGCCGAAUCUCCUCUUACGUAACUUCCGUUCUAAAUCGCUGCGUAUUGACGUAUACUAUGUAUCGUGUAUUGAUAGUAUGUCUAGCCCGUAGCACGAUAAGUAGAGAGUAGCAAUAGUAGCGGUUGUCGUAGUGGUAUCGUUUAUUUAUCGAAGACACGUUUCUAACGUAUGUAGUUUUAUGACUGCUACUUUUAUAUGAUAUAUUGUUUCUAUUUUGCUCUCUCGGCGGCGGCGAUUGUAACUAUUAGCGUGAUGCUAUACAUAGCGCACCGGAUUACGAUGACGCCCCUCGAAUCGCUACUAACUUCGAUUCUAGCGAAUUUAGAACAUCACGAUGCUACUAUCCAAGCUAUUUAUAUAUACUUACUGAAUAAAAAUAUUUAUUAAAAAGAGUGUGUCAGUAACGGAUUCGAUCGUUGCAAUCUUAAGGGAAUUUUAGCGUGGAACAGAAAAACGUGAUAUAUAGAGUUUGAACCACACGUGAUAAUCUAACGUCCACCAUCGGAUGUUAUGUUAAAUGUGUGCUGAUAUAUACAAAAAAAAAGCAAUAAAGCUCAAACAAUGAGCGAUGAUA